UAAUUUCCCAUUCCAUUCAAGUAUAUAUACAAAUUUUUUCGAAAGUUCAAAUAACAAUCAAAGUUAAAGCUUGGAUUUUUAUUGAUUUGGGAAUUAAAGCUUGGAUUUUUGGUUUGGGUUUGAGUGGAAGCAUAAGCAAUGAAGUACCGUUACGCCAUGGUGUGUUCGUCGAACCAGAACCGGAGCAUGGAGGCUCACGCCCUCCUCAAGAGGCAAGGCUUCGACGUCUGCUCUUACGGCACCGGUGCCCAUGUCAAGCUUCCCGGUCCUUCUCUCCGAGAACCCAAUGUCUACGAUUUCGGAACUCCCUACAAGCAGAUGUACGACGAUCUUCGCCGCAAAGAUCCCGAACUCUACAAGCGUAAUGGGAUUUUGCCUAUGCUUAAGAGAAACUUAGCUGUCAAAACGGCACCGCAGCGGUGGCAGAAUAACGCUGCUGAUGGCUGCUUUGAUGUCGUUUUCUCGUUUGAGGAAAAGGUUUUUGAUAUGGUCGUUGAAGAUCUUCACACUCGAGAACAUGUUCUGAUGAAAACUGUGUUGGUAAUCAACUUGGAGGUCAAAGACAACCAUGAGGAGGCAGCCAUAGGAGCUAGGCUUGCUAUGGAGCUGUGUCAACAGAUCGAAGCACAUGAAAUGUGGGAAGAUUCCAUUGAUAGUGUGGUGGCUGCUUUUGAGAAACAGCAUCGGCGGAAAUUGUUAUACACCAUCUCCUUCUAUUGAGGAUUGAAAAAUGAGUAAAUAUUAGCGACUCUCGAAAUUUACACACAUUAUGAUAACAUCAUUUUCAACCAUAUAAUGUGAAAUGUUUGUGCUCCCAUUUUGAAAUAAGAGUAGUGAAAAUUGAGAUCUCCAGAAGGUGUGUAAUUUUAAAGUAACUUUUGAGUGUUUCUAUCAUUGCAUGUUUUCAGUGGACUUACCACAAUAUAUAUCUCUUCUUUAGUAUAGACUUUUAGAUUAAGUUAUCUUCCA